AUGGCAUCCAAGCAGACAGAGCCAGUCACCAUCAUUAGUCUACGGAAGUUGAGUCUGGGGAACCCAGAGCCACAGCCUAAAGAGACCAAGACGUUCACUGUAGAGGAUGCCGUGGAGACCAUCGGAUUCGGGCGCUUCCAUAUUGCCCUGUUUCUGAUCAUGGGCAGCACGGGGGUGGCUGAGGCCAUGGAGAUCAUGCUCAUAGCCGUGGUGUCCCCCGUCAUCCGCUGUGAGUGGCAGCUGGAGAACUGGCAGGUAGCGCUCGUGACCACGAUGGUGUUUUUUGGCUACAUGGUCUGCAGCAUCCUCUUUGGUGUCCUGGCUGACAAAUACGGCCGCUGGAAGAUUUUGUUCCUCUCAUUCGUGUGGGGCGCCUACUUCUCCUUGCUGACGUCCUUCUCGCCGUCCUACACCUGGUUUGUCUUCCUGCGGGCCAUGGUGGGCUGCGGUGUGUCCGGCCACUCUCAAGGACUCAUCAUAAAGACCGAGUUCUUGCCGACAAAAUACCGAGGCUAUAUGCUCCCUUUGUCUCAGGUCUUCUGGCUGGCCGGCUCCUUGCUCAUCAUCGGCAUGGCCUCCGUGAUCGUCCCCACCAUCGGCUGGCGCUGGCUCAUCCGCAUCGCCUCCAUCCCUGGCAUCAUCCUCAUUAUAGCUUUCAAGUUUAUUCCUGAGUCAGCCCGGUUCAACGUCUCCACUGGGAACACGCAGGCUGCCCUGGCCACACUGCAGAGCAUCGCCAGGACCAACCGUUCAGUCAUGCCCGAGGGGAAACUGGUGGAGCCCGUGCUGGACAAGCGAGGAAGAUUCAAGGAUCUCUUGGAUCCAAAGUAUUUAAGAACAACACUGCAGAUCUGGCUCAUUUGGCUGGGCAUCUCCUUCGCCUACUAUGGGGUCAUCCUGGCCAGCGCCGAGCUCCUGGAGCGGGACCUGGUGUGCGGCUCGAGGACCGAAUCCGAGUCGGAGCCGGUGGUGACCGUGGGGGACUCGGAGGAGACGCAGGGCCCCUGCUACUGCCACAUGUUCGCCCCCUCUGACUACAGGACCAUGAUCAUCAGCACCCUGGGCGAGAUAGCGCUGAACCCCUUAAAUAUCCUGGGCAUUAACUUCCUGGGGAGACGGCUGAGCCUUUCCAUCACCAUGGGGUGCACAGCCCUGUUCUUCCUCCUCCUCAAUAUUUGUACUUCCAGUGCUGGCCUCAUUGGCUUCCUCUUCAUGCUGCGGGCGCUGGUGGCAGCCAACUUCAACACCAUCUACAUCUACACUGCGGAGGUGUACCCCACGACGAUGCGUGCCCUGGGGAUGGGGACCAGCGGCUCCCUGUGCCGCAUCGGUGCGAUGGUGGCGCCAUUUAUAUCCCAGGUACUCAUGAGUGCCUCCAUCCUGGGGGCCCUGUGUCUUUUCUCAUCAGUCUGUGUUGUAUGUGCCAUUUCUGCCUUUACGCUGCCCAUUGAGACCAAAGGACGGGCCCUACAGGUGGCAGUUCGCAUAAAUACAAUUGUAUGA